AUGUCGCUUGUUGACGUUCCUGCUGGCAGCCUCGCCGACGCAGUGCGUGCACUGUACAGAGCCUCCUACAAGCUCGCUUUGGCUUCACAGACACACCACCCUCUCAUCUUGCCGUACUCCCUCCUGGGCCCCUUCAUUGUGCCGACGCUCUUUCUGGCGAUCCCGCACUCUGCAGUGCGCCAUCCCUGGCGAUGGAGGGCGAGGUGGCUUGUCGUGGCUUGGGUGAUCUGGUUGGAUGCAAACAUCAUCAGGACGACCAAAAGUGGCAACAUGGCCGUGGGCUAUGCGAAUGGACUGAUGGCUUUCUGGGGUGUCAUCAGCACCAUGAACGUGCUGAUCUGGCGAAACGCACAGAGGGACGCCGCACGGGUCGUCAGAGUCCAGCCCAGGCCUCCCACCAGGCAGGCGGAAAAACAGCCAGUAGAGAAUGGCAUCCGGCAAAGGAAGGGUCAUGAGAGGUCUGAUCAAAUAGAUUAUGAAAAGCCGGUGCAAUAUGUGUGGCAGCCAUUCCCAGAGGAGGGUACGUUUGGCGAGCGCCUCAACUGGGCUCUGGACAUGACCACCAACUUCCGGUUUGCAGGCUGGAACUGGUCUAUUUCAGCCAUACCUCGCCCAAAGAUUCCCUCUCAUGGCUCGAUUGAGCCUAACACGCCUGCGGAUCUGUCUUCCUUGCCAGUGGUCACGCCCACAGGCUACCGUCGCCGUCUGACCGAGUCCAGCUUCGUCAGGUCACGACUACUCACAGCGGGCAUCAUGUACCUCAUUCUUGACUUCCUGGCCGUCCACAUGACAAAGGACCCCUAUUUCAUCCUUGGCCCCGACCACCCUGCCGCAUCUAUCCUGCCGUUGCCAUUGUACUUGGAUGGCUUGCCUGUGUGGGGUCUGCGCAUCUACCGACAAAUAUUCUCCUUAGCCGGCAUUAUCUCUGCAAUCUCUGGAGCCUUCAAUCUCAACGACCUGAUGCAGUACUACAUUAUGGGUCAUCUAUUUCCCGCAAGGGGCGAACUAUGGCAAUAUCCCUCGACUUUUGGCUCCUUUUCGCAAGUCUUGGAGAGAGGUCUCGCGGGCUGGUGGGGUGGUUGGUGGCAUCAGACGUUCCGAUCGCAGUUCUCAGCACCUGCGCGGUUCCUCGUCCGAGAAGGCUACCUCCGACACGGAUCCCUGGCUGCUGUCGUCGUGGCCUUUGUGGUGAGCUUUGCGCAGAGUGGUCUGCUGCAUGCCAUGGGCAGUAUUUCUUCCAUACCAGGAGACACAAAAGUCUGGAGAGCUCCUGCUUUCUUCUCAUUGCAAAUUGUCGGUGUCCUCGUACAGUACGCUGUCGAGAUUGGCUUGCAACGACGCACGGGCAUCCGCGUGCCCAGGCAAGCGGCACAGGGGACGCGCCUCCUUUUCACCAUGGCAUGGCUGCAUUGGACUUCCGAUUUCCUCUGUCACGAUUUGGCAGGCUCUGGCAUCUGGCUCCUCGAACCAGUGCCGUUCUCGUUCUUCAGGAUGCUAGGCUUUGGACGCGAGAGUGAUCGAUGGUGGCGGUGGGACGAGUGGCAUAGACCUGGCUGGUAUACGGGUAGACAUUGGUGGCAAAGCGGGAUUUCUCUGUAG